GGACAGCUUAACUCAACUGUGCUCUCUGACUGAGCCCAGUCAUUCAUUGAUAGGGUUCUCCAGGAUGGGAUGUGCAUUGACCUGGGUCACAAAUGGAUUUUUAGCCUGACUGCGGAGACUACCCUGGUAAUGGUUCCAAGGAUCCUCUUAAGCCCGAGUACAGAGUGCCAAUGGCGACAGGCUGCCUGUCAGACAGAUUAAAACCGUGUUUGUACCAGUCUCCAAAGGAGACUCCUCCCUCCAGUGUGUGUCUGUCUCUUGGGCUGGAGGCCGAAGGGCCAGAAGGGGGUUACGCCGAGGAGUUUGUGGAGCUGGUUGAUGACAAGUACAAGUGUGAGCAGUGCCGCCGGGUACUGCGCAAUGCCAAGCAGACGGAGUGCGGGCACCGGUUUUGCGAGAGCUGCAUUGAUGCUCUGCUCAGGAAUCCAGGUCAGGUUUGCCCAGCUGAUCAGGAGAUCCUUUAUGGCACUGAGGUGUUCAAUGAUAAUUGUUGUCGGAAGGAAAUAAUGGGGCUGAUGGUUUAUUGCAGGAACCACAAAAGUGGCUGCAAGGAGCAGGUAGUCCUGGGUGCAUUGGAGGGCCAUUUGAAGAGCUGUUCCUUCCAGCGACUGCCAUGCUCCCGUUCAGGUUGUACUGAGCUGGUUCUGCAGCAAAACCUCAGGGAACAUCUGAUGACCAGAUGUAAACAGCGGGAAGUGAAGUGCGAACACUGUCAAAAGGAGACAACAGUGGCUGAGUUAAAGAAACAUGAAAGCAGUGAGUGUCCGUCAACUCUGAUCAACUGUCCUAAGUACUGCGGUACACAGAUUCAUCGAGCUGAGCUCAAAGACCACACGUUUGAGUGCCUCAAGGAGGAGAGGUGUUGCAAUUUUAGUAGCUAUGGAUGCACCUUCAAGGGAACAAAUCCUCGCCUUAAAGAGCACGAGAUACAGUUUACUCAUCAACACUUGAUGCUAGUUUUGUUAAAGAACAAGACGCUGGAGGAGAAGGUCUCCGAUCUUGAAAGUGAGAUAACAAAAAAGCAAACGGUCUUAGACAGGCUGUCCGGCAAGAUUCAGGAAAUGGAGAAGGAAUUAGCUUCGAAAAGCCAGUUGGCUAAUAAAAGUGAUGUUGAAAUGAACUCGUUAAAGAAGAUAUUGGCUGCACAUGCUGAGAAGCUGCAUAAAGUUGAGAGUGAUCUGCUGGAGAGGCACAAGCUGGAAGACGUUUUAAAACAGGACAUUCUGUGGAUAAAAUAUAAAACAGAGAACCUGAGCAGCAGAGUUUCAAGUGUAGAAAGCAAUCAGAGCACACUGUGCCUGUACAGGGGCAGCAGCAUUCCAGUCUCGAUCGAGCAUCAGGUGACACAGCAUGAUGAAAUGCUCGGCAUCCACGAGGUCCGUCUGGCAGACAUCGACCUGCGUUUCCAGAUGCUGGAGACAGCGAGCUACAAUGGAAGGCUGAUAUGGAAGAUUCAGGAUUAUGAACGGAGGAAGCGGGAGGCCAUCUCUGGGAAGACACUCUCGCUCUACAGCCAACCAUUCUACACCAGCUCAUUCGGAUACAAGAUGUGCGCCCGUGUGUACCUCAAUGGGGACGGAAUGGGUAAGGGCACGCACCUGUCGGUCUUCUUUGUGGUGAUGCGUGGAGAGUAUGACUCCCUGCUGCCCUGGCCCUUCAGGCAGAAGGUGACCCUCACCCUGCUCGACCAAGGACUAGGCAAGGGCCACGUGUCGGACACAUUCAAGCCCGACCCCAACAGCAGCAGCUUCGGACGGCCCCAGGGGGAGAUGAACGUGGCGUCGGGUUGCCCUCUGUUUGUCGCUCAGACGGUUCUGGAAAACAAAAACCGGCAGUAUAUCAAAGAUGACACCAUUUUCAUCAAGAUAACCGUGGAUGUAUCAGACCCCCCUGAGCUUUGAAACCUUUUACUCAGUCCACCGGAAUCGUGCAAUAGUCCCAUGGUCAAGAGCUCAUUGUUUUGAAAGUGUUCAGAAGUGUGCUUGACACUGUCCUUUUGAGACUGAGAUCUGGGGCCAGACAGUAAAUUAUAAAACUCUGCUAGCUUUGUUAACUGUUAUCAAAGUAUUUUAUAUGAUAUAGUAUUAUUAGCCUCUGAUAUGAUAAUGUAUUAUUAUUCACUGACUGUUACUUCUCUCCCAUGUUUAAA